AUGGAUGAUGAACACGAGUGUGCGGAUGAUGAUGAUGAAAUCCUAAAGGAGCUGGAGAGUCAGGUUUUUGGCGAGGGUGAUGAUGCUGAUGCGGGGGGUGCCCCACCAACCCCGCCUCCAGCCAACCCACCUCCGGAUACCACGCCACCCCCAGCACCGGCACCGACUCCGUCGACGACCGCAACAGCCGGCGACACCCGAGUCCAAGAGCUCGAAGCGCAACUUGGUGCUGUGCAACAGAUGCUGCAGAUGCUGCUAGCACAAAACGGCAGCACAAGUGCCAGUUUGAAUCCAGAAACCGUCCACACUUUGCUGAGACGACCAGCGACAACGGACAUUGAAACACACACGGCCCGACCAAAGGCUUCCGUAGCAGCACCCAAAGCUCCCCCAAUUUUGGGUGUCAGAUCAGUUCCGCCAGCAUCCAGGGUAACCUUUGCGCAGCCAAAAGCAGUGCCCGACGCCCCUGCAGCAACAGUUCCGGAUGCAUCAGCGCCGAACGCAACACCCUUGGCCCCUGCAGCAACAGUUCCGGAUUCAUCAGCGCCGAAUCCGAAAGCUACACCCGUCACCCCUGCAGCAACAGUUCCGGAUGCAUCACCGCCGACUCCGAAGGCAACACCCCUGACCCGUGCAGCAACAGUUCCGGAUUCAUCAGCGCCGAAUCCGAAAGCAACACCCGUGGCCCCUGCAUCAACAGCUCCGGAUGCAUCAACGCCGAAUCCGAAAGCAACACCCGUGGCCCCUGCAUCACCAGUUCCUGGUUCAUCAGCGCCGAAUCCGAAAGCAACACCCGUGGCCCCUGCAUCAACAGUGCCGGAUGCAUCAACGCCGAAUCCGAAAGCAACACCCGUGGCCCCUGCACCACCAGUGCCGGGUUCAUCAGCGCCGAAUCCGAAAGCAACACCCGUGGCCCCUGCAGCACCAGUUCCGGGUUCAUCAGCGCCGAAUCCGAAAGCAACACCCGUGGCCCCUGCAGCGGCAGCUCCGAAUGCAGAGGAGGAAGAAGAGGAGGAGACGCCAGAGGAAAGGGCAGCACGAGAGGAGAAAGAGCGCUUGAAGAGGGAAGCGCAUGCAGACUGGAUGCGAUACAACCGAAGCCAACGACAUGUCUUGCGCCAUCUCUUUGAAGUUUUCGUGUCAGCCGGAGAAAAUUGGCUGGAGUCGAGCAUCGUGCUUAAUGCUCGUCGAAAGAAUGCAAAUCGGCGAAGGGGCAAGUUCAUUUGGAUCACUUUCGAAGAGUGGCAGCUGCUUCGAGUAUUUGAUGGUAAGAUCGAGACAGAAGAGGAAGACUCAGAGACUGAGCACAUCUUCGAGAUGGGUGGCAAUAUCUCGGGGGCUGCGCUCUUGGGCGUUACUGCACCGACGCCUGGAGCAAACAACACGACAACGACACCUGAGCCCUCGAAUCCGAAAGGAAAGGGCAAGGGCAAGAACGGCAAUCCGAAGGCAAAGGCUAAACCGCCGCAAAAGGUAGCCCUGGAUCUCGUGUCCAAGGGUGCCUUGGCGGUGGUCGACGCGGGCUCGCUCUACGAGCAGUGCAUCCAGGGCAAUGUGACAGCUAACUUUGCCUCGGCGCUCAUCAAGGAUGUGGAGCCGUCGAUUGCUGCUAUGAAGGAUGCUGUGAAUGCCCUCCAAGCCCAUAUCGGAAAGGUCACCCCGGACCAGCUGGCAGUCUAUAACAACAGUGCAGAGCAGGCCCUGAAAGCCUACGAGGAAGCUGUAGGCACGAUCAAACGCACUAUUGCUAUCAACAAGCCCAAGACGACUAAGCCGUCGAAGAAGCAUGCGAAGGCGAAGUCAGCCUCAUGA